CUUGAAUGAAACUAUUUGAAAAAAAUGUGUAUCAUCAAUUUUCUACUUUUUCUACAAUAUUGCCAAAUUGGUUUUUCAAGAUUACCAUUCCUGCACAAAGAUUCUGAGACUAUCCUAUUGUAUGAUUGGUACAACGAAACAAACUUUGGGCCUUUGCUAUCAUCUACUAAAUUAUACGAUAAUGGAGGAUUAAACAAGUACGGCACAAUUUUUGGUACAAACUGUAAAAUGAAUAAGGAUGGUUCAGUCUAUUUUGGAUUUGAAACCUAUUUAAAAAUUCUUCAUGAUUCUGAUUUUAGAGCCAAUGAUUUUACUGUUGAGAUUGUAACGAAAUAUCUUUUACCGGCUAAUUAUCCAUCAACUCAGAAGUUUUAUUCGUUUAAGAAAGCUGGUCAUUUGGGAUUAAAAGUGUCAAUGGACGGAGAAGGUGAACUAGUAGUUUCCUACUAGUUAUCUGACACUUGGAUUCUGUGAUGGAGCUUGUCCUACUAAAGAUUUUCAUGGUAAUAUUUAUGCAUUUAAAUGGACAAAAUCUCUUAAAAGUGAUGCUGACAUUGCAAACAAAUGGCAGGAAAGUUUGUAAUAUUCUUGCAUUUAAUUAUCUCUAAUGUUUUUUAAAUAUUCACCAUUCCAUCCUUUUAUAUUACAUCAUUGUCGAUUUAGAAUAUAAUUAGACAAUCUGGUUCAUAUUUUACAAAAUUCAGGUAGAACUAACAGUUUUAAAAGUGGAACAAAACAUGUUAGAAACUUUAAAACUACUCAUAAUCUUAUUAUUGUAAUACACAGAGUAAGUUUUCCUAAAAAAAUCAAAUUGUGUUAAAGCAUUCAGUUGGAUAUUUUUGUCGAAAAUUUUGCAAAUUUAAUGGAGAUUUUAAUUCUCUCUAAUUCAAAGAUAAUCUUUUUUGGAACUGGUAUAAAAAUCCAACAGGA